AUGUCUCACGCUCGUGUCGAAGAGCUCUCCGACUCAGAUCCCGACAUCGACGACCCCUCCGAAUUCCUCCCACACUCCGACAACCAGAUCCUACGCCCCGUUGCUGCUUCGCAACCCUCACCCGCAGCCCCGUCCUCGUCGUCUUCUUCAGCCUCAAAACCCUCAAGCACUACUCCUCCUCCCAACCCGACGCUUUUCCGCCCUCCGCCACCAUCUCAGCAGUCCCAGCAACAAACCAGAGAAAGCAUCAAGACGUUCCAAUGCCUCUACCCGAUCUACUUCGACAGCACGCGGACCAAGGCGCAGGGUCGGCGCGUGGGAUCGAAGCUCGCCGUGCCCAAUCCUCUAGCGUACAACCUGGUCAUGGCGGCGCGAGCAACGCUCGGUAACCACACACAAAUCAACUUCGCAUUCGAGCCGGACAAGACACACCCCAAGGACUGGGCGAACCCAGGCAGGGUACGGGUGCAGCUGUUCGACAAGGAGACGCAUCAGCCGCUACACCCGCAGAUCAAGAACAAGGCGCACCUGUACAGGGUGAUUGGCCAGUGGCUCAAAGACAACCCGACGACCAAGGAAGAUCCGCUCGAGCUGAGGAUUCAGGGGUUGCCCGUGCCCGACAACUUUGGCAAGGAGGAAAUCCCCAAGCCCCGAGGUUGGAAGAUGGGCUCGAUACUCCCCGUGCAUUCCCCCGCCGUCAGCGGCGGAGGCGUGAGGGACGAUUUCUUCAAAGAGGCAAUGGAGGAGAUGAGACAGGCCCAAGCAGCGGGUGGCGGUCAGUUGCCUGGUGGUGGUGGUAUGCCUGAUAUGAGCGCCCUGCAGAACAUGAUGAGCAGUAUGGGUGGACUAGGAGGCAUGGGUGGCAUGGCUGGACUGGGAGGUGGCGGCGGAGGGGGAGGAGGGGACUCUAGCAGCGGGAAGAAGAAAAGGGACAAAAAGAAAGGUUGA